AUGGCGGAACCAGAAAAGGGGAGUAACCCCAUACCGAUUCCCGGUAGCAAGUGGGAGGGCGCCUCGACCGACAGCGAAGCCGUCUUAACACCAGAUAUGGGUACAACGCCUCCCGACGACAAUUUCGAACACGCCGUCACCACGCCCACCAUGGGCCCAACGGUGCCCACGAGUCCGCGCCUGUCGCGAAACCCGUCUUUCUCCGGGAGCAGCUCCUAUCAAGAGGACUGGGAUCCGUUCCCGCCGCUGGACCGCCUCACAGUGCUCGACAUUCUCGAUAACUUCGCGCUUUCGCAGCAGAUUGAGAAGCUCCAGAAGGGGAUAUCGGCCCAGACGGAGAAGGUGCGCAAGUCACGGGCGGCUUUUGGCAACCGGAGCCGCAUCGCCCGCGAGCGCAUGGUGGACGAAUGGCGCCGUCGCGUGCCGUCGGCCGAUGAGCAGUUAGACCGGUACCGCAAGCGGAUGCGCAAGAGCGUCGAGAAGCUCGGCGCGCGCUGGAAUGACACCAAGGCCAUCACGCUGCGCGAGAAGAUCUCGUUCAUCUGCGGCGUCAUGAACAUUUUCGUCAGCGGCUACCUGGUCGGCGCAUUUCCGGAAUACUUCCACCUCUGGUACACCGUCCAGCUGCUCUACUUCAUGCCCAUCCGCUUCUACACCUACCACAGGCGUGGCUACCACUACUUCCUCGCCGACUUGUGCUACUUUGUGAACAUGCUGCUUAUGCUCAGCAUCUGGGUCUUUCCCGAUUCGAAACGCCUCUUCACCGCCGUCUACUGUCUCGCCUUUGGAAACAACGCCGUCGCCAUCAUCAUGUGGCGUAACUCGCUCGUUUUCCACUCGUUCGACAAGGUCACCUCCCUGUUCAUCCACAUCAUGCCGUGCGCCACCCUUCACUGCAUCGUCCACCUCAUCGACCCGGCCUUCCAGCAGGAACGCUUCCCGGCCCUCUGGACCAUCAAGAACUCGCCCGCCGGCUCGUCCACCGCCUACGCCAACGUCUUCUCCAUGCUCGCCUGGUCCUCCAUCCCGUACGCCUUCUGGCAACUGUCCUACUACUUCUUCAUCACCGUCCGCCGGCGCGAGAAGAUUGCCGCCGGCCGCCCGACCUCCUUCACCUGGCUGCGCAAAUCCUACAGCAAAGUCUGGAUCGGCAAAAUCGUCCUCGGCCUCCCCGACGCCCUGCAGGAGCCCGCAUUCAUGCUGAUCCAGUACAUCUACGCUGUGCUCACCAUGCUUCCCUGCCCGCUGUGGUUCUUCAGCCGCUGGGCCUCGGGCGCCUUCCUCACGCUAGUCUUUGCCUGGAGCGUCUACAACGGCAGCACCUACUACAUCGACGUUUUUGGCAAGCGCUUCCAGAAGGAACUCGAGGCCAUGAAGGCCGAGGUCGCGAAGUGGCAGCAGAGCCCAGACGUGUGGCCACACGAGGACGGGGGCCUGGUGUCCCCCGGUGGCGGGGCUGUGCCUACUACCGCCGUGGGCGGGACGAAGCCAGGGAGCCUCGCGGAUGGGAUCUCGGGUAAGGCGCUUGAUGAUGAGAACAUCGGGAAUGGUGGCGGGGUGGAUAACAUCCCGCUGCUGAACGACGAGCGGCCUGCGGCGGUGGUUGCGAGCGGGGCGGAUACUGAUGGGGGCGCGAGGGAUGUGGCGAGGGAGAGGAAGACGGGGGGUGGUGGGACAUCGUCGCCGUUGUUUUGA